AUGAGCAGAGGAACCUUCCUGGAGAUUUAUGCCGCUGUGAAGGACAAAAUGGACAGACAAAGCACACAGAUGAGGUCUCCAGUCCACUCUGAAAAACGGCUCGCGGCAGCACUAUGGUACCUCGCAAAUGGAUGUGUCUAUCGGCUUGUCAGUACACAGUUUGGUAUCGGUGUUUCCACCAUUCAUGGAAUUGUGAUGGAGGUUUGCGAAGCCCUCGAGUCCCAUUUGUUUUCCAAGGUCGUAUGCCUCGGUGACGAUAUUGGAAAGAUUUUGGAUGGUUUCGGGAAACUUGGGGUGCUGCAUACCAUCGCUGCUUUGGAUGGGUCGCACAUUCCGAUAUGUGCGCCUGGGGGGAGAACUGAGGAGUUCUGCAACUGGAAGCAGUUCUGUUCGGUGAUCCUCCAAGGCACGGUCGAUCACACCGGACGCUUCAUUAAUGCGGAGUUUGGGUUCAGCGGCAGGACCCACAAUGCCUUCGUAUUCACCAACAGCAACCUAUACCACAGCAUGGAUGCAGGAAUCUUCGUUCCUGCGAACCCCAAGGUGACUUUGGGCAAUGUAAGCAUCCCCGCGCUUGUAUUGGCAGAUGGAGCAUACCCUCUUAGGCCUUGGCUAAUGACUCCAUUCAGGACACCGAGAGGGGCCAUCCAGAAGCACUAUAAUAGGAAACACGCCAUGGCCAGGAACGUUGUGGAGCGUGCUUUCGGAAGACUUAAGGCUCGUUGGCGUGUCCUACAAUCGAGACUCAACGCACAGUACGACAGCGUUUUCUCCAUUGUAACCGCAUGUGUUAUUCUGCACAACAUAUUCGACAACCGACCACGAGAACAAGGGGAGCAGCCAGGCCGACCACAGCAGGAGGAGCACGAGGAUCCGGAGGGUGAUGGAGAUCCCGACAGGGAGGGUCCUCAAGUGGCGGUGGAGGAGCAAGAAGUCAGUGCAUUUACCAGACGCAUGGAUGCCAUGGAGAGGAGGAUGCAUCAGUUUGAGAGGGAGCAGAGAGCCAUGCGUGCACUUUUGAAUGAACUGGGUGUGUGUGUUGGGGAAUAG